ACGCGGUGCUGGCCGACGUUCGCGACAUGCUGAACGAGGAGCUGCGGCAGCUGCGCCGAGAGCUGCAGGAGCUGAGCCUGGAGGUGCCCAAAUGAAGAACCAGAAGCAGCUGGACGUGGACCAGAUGAAGAACCAGAAGCAGCUGGAGAUGCAGGCGGCACCACAGCUCCAGCAGCUCCCCAUACCGCAGCUGUUUUCCUGCGAUGGCAAGGCCCCCGCCACGACGGCUUCCACCAUCUUCGGGUCGGGGUUUAGUAAGACGACGCCCUCUACCGGGACGGUCUGCAGCGCGGACGGCGGUAUCAAGCUCGACCAGGCACCGUCGGCCUGGACUGGCGUUACCACGACCGGCGCCUCUGCUGCCGCCUCCACUGGCUUCAGCUUUGGACCGACCACAGCGCCACCUGCUCAGCCGAGCACGCCGAGCUUCUCGUUCCGUCCGCCGACCGCCGAGGGCGCCACCAGCACACCGGCCAAGGCAAGGGGCGAGAACACCACGGAGGAGGGACCUGUCAGCUCGACCUCUGGCUCUGGCGCCGCGGUCUCCAAUACCACCACCUCCAGCGUCGUGACCUCCGCCCCCGCCGCCGGCGCCGGAGCGGCCACUCCCUACAGUUCCUUCCAUUUCAAGGCUGCCCCGUUUUGGUUUGCGUUCGGCGUCGACCAGGGUAAGGUCGUCGAGGCGACUCCCAAGGCCACGUUCGAGUUCGGCGUCUCGUCCGCAGCCUCGUCGCCGUUCAAAUUCUCAUUCGGCGGCGACGCCGACAAGUCUGGAUCCUCGAUCUUCGGAGGAGCGGCGGCAGCGGACACAAAGACCACGUCAAUAUUUGGAGGUUCAUCGGGUAACAAGACAACUUCGAUCUUCGGAGGAGCGUCGUCAACUGAAACCAAACCUGCGUCUAUUUUCGGAGGAACGCCCUCUUCCGAAGCCAAAACCACGUCCAUCUUUGGUACCCCAUCGGUGUUCGGAGGAAAGGGAACUGACAAAGCUGCAUCUCUCUUCGGUGGGGCGACCACCGGCGACAAGACAUCCAAAGAAGACCAGAUAUUCGGCGGCUCCGGGACUGACUCCAAGCCCGCCUCUCUGUUCGGCGGCUUUGGUUUGGCCUCUGGUGCCCAGUCGUCUCCGUUCGGCUCCGGAUCCUCAGUGUUCGGUGGAUGGCCGUCGUUCGGUAGCACCGCGUCUAAGCCGGCCUCCAGCGAGAGCGGCGCCGCGGCCAAGCCACCUACUCCGGCCAACUCGUCCGCCCCCAAGGCGCCUGAGCCGGCCAGCUCCGGCUCGGCCCCGUCAGCACCACCGGCCGCCGCCACUGGAUCGACUGGUGCCGGCGCUGCGGCCACCCCGGCCCCGUCAGCACCACCGGCCGCCGCCACUGGAUCGACUGGUGCCGGCGCCGCGGCCACCCCGGCCCCGUCAGCACCACCGGCCGCCGCAACUGGAUCGACUGCUGCCGGCGCUGCGGCCACCCCGGAAGAAGAAGAAAAAGAAGAAGAAGAAGAAGAAGAAGAAGAAGAAGAAGAAGAAGAAGAAGAAGAAGAAGAAGAAGAAGAAGAGGAAGAAGAAGAAGAAGAAGAAGAAGAAGAAGAAGAAGAAGAAGAAGAAGAAGAAGAAAAAGAAGAAGAAGAAGAAGAAGAAGCCCCGGCCAAUGGGUGA